AUGACAGCCAUGCCACUUCCCAAGUUCACCUACUUGGAUCUCAAAGGCUUCGGAGAGGCAAUUCGACUGGCGCUCUACAUUGGGAAUGUUCAGUUUGAGGACCACUUGGUGAGCCGCGCAGAGUGCGUAGAAAUGGAGAAGGCUGGCAAACUUCCCUUCGGCCAAGUUCCCGUUUUGGAAGUGGAUGGAGAGAUCUACGCACAGAGUGGAGUCAUUUUGAAAUGGGCUGGGCGACAAAGCGGCUUGUACCCUGAAGAUGAAAAGCUUCAAAUGCGUUGUGAUGAAAUCUAUGAUACUCUGACGGACAUCAAGCGAGUGCUCUUUCCCGCAUGGCAUGGUGGAAUUUGUGGACGGAAUCCUUUCACCAAACAGCCCUUGGUGCCCAUCCCAGAUGAGUUGAAGGGAGAUGUUCUGAAAGGCUUGAACGAGGUUUGGCUUCCCUACCGUAUGGGUCAACUUGAACGCGCCCUUGAGAAAUUUGGUGGUCCUUAUUUCUGCGGUGCAAGGAUGACGAUUUGCGAUCUGGAGUUCUAUGUCAUGGGCUUGGGAUUCCUGACUGAGUGCUAUGUGGAUGGUGUCAAAUCAACUAUUAUGGAUGGAUGCCCUCUAUUGAAGCAGUUGGUGGAGCGGGUGGGUAACAACCCCAAGGUGACGGAAUGGAAUGCUUUGCACCCGAACUCACAUUAUUGA